AUGACAUUCACGACCCCCGAACCCCGGCCCUCGGCCCUCGGCAGCCAAACCGGCAGCAGCCUGUCGGGCCUGGAUGGCGGCAGCGGCGGCGGCAGCGGCGGCGUGGUCGGUGGCGGCGACAGCGUACCAGUGGCAGGCCAUGCGGCCAGCCGCCGCCUGGAUCUCAACACCUCUGCCCUGCUGUUUGUCACCUUCAGCGCAGCUCCGUUCUGGGAGCUUCUUUCCAACUGGGUACUGAGCAUACAGGCGCUGCCCGGCCCGCCGCAGUUUUUAGUGGGUGCUCUGGACGCGCAGACGGCGGCAGAGUGCGAGGCGCAGGGCUGGCGCCACGUGACGCUGCUGCCCGCCGGCGGCGCGGCGCGAGUGCCGUCGCGCGACGCGGCGCGGCGGCGGCAGCAGGCGGAGGCGGAAGACCGCAGCAGCGCGGCGGCGCGGGCGGGGCUGGUGCUGGGACUGCUGGAGGAGGAUGGGAUGGAGGCGGUGGUGGUGAGCCACCCAGACACUGCCUGGCUGAGGGAUCCUGCAGAGUACCUGGCGCAGCACCCGGCCGCCGACCUGCUCAUCUCCACAGGCUGCCUGUCGCAUGAGGUGGGUGGGGCGGUACAGGCGGCGGUACAGGCGGCGGUGCGGGUGGUGCUGGAGGAGGCUGGGGCACCCGGCCAGCCGUUGUCGGGCCAGGGGCGGGCCUUCAACACGGGGGUGUAUGCCGUGCGCAAGACGGCGGCGGCGCGGGAGCUGCUGGCGAGCUGGCGAGACGCGCUGGGGGACCCCGAGGCGGCGGCGGCGGCGGCGGCGGUGCAGCCUCCCCCGCCUUUCAACGAGACGGCGCCGAGGGAUGCGGGGCAGCGGGCGCUGAGGCUGCUGCUGGAGGAGGGGCAGGACAGCCUGCCUUCUGCGCCGGGAGACCCCCGCACGGUGCUGAUGCGGGGCGGCUCGCUGGCGGUGCACCCGCUGCCAGUGCUGCUGUUCCCCGGGGGCCACGUGGCGUUUGUGCAGCGCCUGCCCGAGGGCAAGGGCGUGCAGCCUUACGUGGUCCACGCCAACGGUGACCGCUGGUACGGCGCCGACGGCGCCCAGCCGGAGGCCACAGCCGCGGCCAAGCGGGGCAGGCUGAGGGAGUUUGGGCUGUGGCGGGUGGACGGCGCCGACCACUACGCUGCGCCCAGGGCCCGCUACCUGACCUAUAGCAACGACGUGCAGGCGUUCAUAGAGGAGCUGGCGGCGCGGCGCCACGGCGGCGCCAUGCCCCCCUUCUACCGGCACCUGGCCGCCAUGGGCUACCAGCAGGCGCAGUUCAUGGACGCGCUGGCAGCGGCCCGCAUGCUGCGCCGCACCCUGGUGCUGCCGGCCUCCUGGUGCUGGUGCGACAUGGACUGGUCGCCCGCGGUGCUGCAGACGUGCACCAUCAGGCGAGCCUGGGAGGAGGCCUGCGGCUCCGACCUCCGCCUGCCCUUCCGCUGCCCGGCCGAUUACGUCUUCCACAUCCCUUCCAUGGAGAGGGAGCGGCUGGCCUACCGCAUGCCUGGCUUCCUGGACAGCCCCCAGGUGCCGAAGGCGGUGCGGGCCGACCGCGCGGAGCUGCGCAUGGCGGCCGCCCGGCCCGACCCCGUGCAGCCGGCGGCGGCGGCGGCGGGCGUGCUGUGGCCCAACAUGACUCAAUCGCAGCUGGUGGCGGCGGCGGCACACGCGCAGAACGCCUCGGUGCUCGCCAUCAGCGGCAUGCGCCCGGGCCUGCUGCGCGGCUUCGACCGCGACGACGACUCCUUCGACUUUGAUGUGCUGUACGCGAAUGUGGCGCGGGACCUGUUCUGGUACUCGGGCAGCUCUCGGGAGGAGGGGGAGUGGGAGGAGGUGCUGGCGUACUGGCACUACGACCAGCCCCAGCCCUACACCGAGGGCUACGCCGCCUGGCAGCCGCUGACGCUGGAGGCGCCGGAGUGGUGCGACUUGGUGCCGGGGCCCCGCAACCGGGAGAUUGUGGCCUGGCCCAACCACCCCUGCCAGUUCCUGCGCAAUGCCACCGCGAUGGGCCUCGCGGCCGCGCUGGCCUGA